GCACUCGCUUCCCCAGCUGCUGACGUCAGCUGGCAGCCUGGGCUGUGCUCGCCGCUCCGGACAUAGCGCCGAGAAAAAUGCUGCUCUCCGUACCGCCAAGGGCAGGAAUCAACCCAUACAACGGCUAUAACAGCAGAAACAGCAAAAAGCAGGCCUAUGUGUCCUCCGGCCAUCAGAUGGCGCCCCCCAGUCCCAACACCAACAGUAGUAGCAAUAGCAGCGGUGGGGGAGGUGAACAGCUAAGUAAAACUAACCUGUACAUCCGCGGCCUCCAUCCGGGGACCACGGACCAAGACCUGGUCAAACUCUGCCAGCCGUAUGGCAAGAUUGUGUCCACCAAGGCCAUCUUGGAUAAAACCACCAACAAAUGCAAAGGCUAUGGCUUUGUGGACUUUGACAGUCCAGCAGCCGCACAGAAAGCUGUUACAGCUCUGAAGUCCAGUGGGGUCCAGGCUCAAAUGGCCAAACAACAAGAGCAGGACCCCACCAACCUCUACAUCUCCAACCUGCCAGUGUCUAUGGAUGAGCAAGAGCUGGAGAGCAUGCUCAAGUCCUUUGGCCAGGUCAUUUCCACACGCAUCCUCCGAGACGCUAACGGGACCAGCCGGGGCGUGGGAUUUGCCAGAAUGGAGUCAACUGAGAAGUGCGAGGCCAUAAUCCAGCAUUUCAAUGGCAAAUUCAUCAAGACUCCACCGGGAGUGCCUGUGCCCACAGAGCCCUUAUUAUGUAAGUUUGCAGACGGAGGUCAGAAGAAGAGGCAGAACCAGGGGAAGUACCUCCAGAAUGGAAGGCCCUGGGCUAGAGACGGUGACGCGGGAGGAAUGACGCUUGCGUAUGACCCCACAGCCUUACAAAAUGGCUUCUACUCCUCACACUACGGUCUGGCUCCAAACCGAAUGAUCGCCCAGACUUCCCUCUCACCCUACAUGCAUUCUCCUGUCUCAUCCUACCAGGUACACAGCCCAUCCUGGAUGCACCAUCAGUCAUACCUCAUGCAGCCAGCUGGUACAGUUCUUACUCCAACUAUGGAUCACGCCAUGUCCAUCCAGCCCACGUCCAUGAUGGGACCUCUCACCCAGCAGCUAAACCACCUGUCCCUGGGCAGCACGGGCACAUAUAUUCCGGCCAACACAACUAUGCAGGGGACCUACAUCCCCCAGUACACCCCAGUGCCUCCCUCCAGUGUCACAGUAGAGGAGAAUGGUGGUCAACAGCAACAGGUUGGCAUGGAGACUCCUGCAGAACACACAAACUACUCGUACCAACACACCAAGUAAAGCUAAGCUCCCAGCAGGGUGGGGGCGAGGGCACGAGAUGAAUCCAACCAAACAGGAUUCAGCUGGAAGAGAGAACUGUGCUCCAUACCAUCACCAAACACCUGGACUUGAACAUGGAUAACAAAAGGAACAUGUGCAUGCGUGCGUGCGUGCGUAUAUCUGUAUUUUCUUUUUUUUUUUUUUUAAGAAAAAGGACAACACUCACAUCAUUGGACUUUCCUGCUCACUUCCUCAAGAGUCGAUCAACCAAAGGUGGGAAUCUUCUUCACAGACGCUUUUAUCUAUUUUGAUAACUGAAAAAAAGGAAACAUAAGAAGUUUUAAAAAAAGAAACAGAAAAAAAUUAAAGAGAGGAGGAAAAGACACAGAGCAUUAUUUUUGUGUGCAUAAUAUAACAAAAUCUUAUUUUUAAAAGAAAAAAGCUUCUGGAUGUUUCAGGGUGAUUCAAGGAAGAGUUUAAACACAAUGUGUCUUUUAUUUUUAUUUUGUAAAAUAUGCAAACUUUUAUUUUUAUUUCCUGAUGUCUGUUGUUUGACAUUCUAUUCGCAGCAGCAGGGGCAACACUUUGUACAGAUUUAAAAACACUUUUGCUCGUCUGAUGUGUGGAGUCAUUGUAACCGUGGGAGGCAAACCGUUUAAAGCUACUUCUUCCUGUAACUGCUGCAGAGAUUUCUAUUCACGCACAGAUGAUAGUAACAUAGUUUUAUAAUUUAGUCUUUUUUUUUUAAAAACAUUCUUCCAUAAGUUAACAAAAGACAAUCAAUUAUUUCUAUUUAUAUUUGAAUUAUAGUUCUAUUUUGUAGAGGGUUUUUUGACCAUUGAAACAAACAUUUGUAGAAAAGUUAUUUAAUACUGUAGCCUAUAAAGAUGAUGAAAUGGAUCUUUACCCCACACAUUAAUGAUGAGCUCUAAUAGUUAGCUCAUGGAAAUGAUCCUAUCCAGAUGGUUGGAUGACUUUCACUUCAGCUCACAUCCUAUACCCACCAUCAAAAAAGACAUCAGACAGACACCUGUUCAUGCUAACAGCAAUUUUGUUUUAGUGUGACCCCAUGAUACAUCGGUGACCAUGAGAAGUGGUUUUAAGCGGUUUUGUUGUGACAAACCUUCAGGUAUCAUUAAAUUCACCCUCUGACCUAGGGAUGAAGUGAACAUGCGUUAGAUCUUGAGCAGUUAGAUUACUGAAAGAUUAUGUGUACAAAGAGCAAUGCAGUUACUAAAUUAAGAUAUAUAGUUUAAAAGCAAUGAGGGAAAUCAGAUAGAUGACUAACACCAUCCCUGAGAAUAAUUAGUUUGAAAGGAAAGGGAGCUGUAAGUCAAUGCUGCUGUUGUCACCUGAGUUUGAUUCUCUGUCAGUGAAUUUUUGUGUGUAGAAAGUUAAAUGCUUUCAGUUUUUUUUUCUUUUGUCUGUCACUUGAAAACCUUUGAGCUAAUUUGCCUUAUUUUUGUUGAAUUCAUCUUUUAAGUAGAUUCGGUUUUAGCUGUAGAGUUUAGCUUUUUAUAGAGAGUAGAUGUUUUUCUCUGCAUAGGGAUUGAUGCUGUUUUGUUGUUGUUGUUGCUGUUUUUUUUGGUGCACAUCAACUUUUCUCUUUUUCGUUUUGUUUUCACACAAAUCUCUGUUCCAAACCCUUGUGUCGCCUGUCCUCAAAAUGUUUGUAGAAAAGUCUUUCAGUGGAGUGGAGAGCUGAACCAAACAAUGACUUCAUUUAGUGCUGAUCCAGAAGAUUUAUAUACACUAGAGGAGGCUUCCUACACACAAGAACGGAUGUGUUUCAGUCUGACAGUCAGCAUGUUGCAUGGAGCUCAUGUCACCACAUCCAAAUAUGUUGAACUUUAAUUUAUACAGACAUCAAAAACUGUAGAUAUGUAGAUAAUAGAGAUCAUGGUUUAACAAAGGACUGCUCACUAGACCAUGGAAGUGCCAUUAAAGAUGAUUCUUACAGCCUUUAGUGAGACAGCAAGUCUGAAUGGAUUUGUGAGUGAUCCAAAAAUUCUGCAAAAACUAUUUUUAGCUAAGCCUUAAUGUUUUCCUCUGGAUCAACUGCCUGAUCUCUCACAGGAUUGACUCUAAGUUGUAUAUACUACAGAAAUGGCAGCAGGCCAGAGGUAGUCGUCAUGUCGGUGGAGUUAGCUGUAGGUUUCUAUGAGGAGCUUCCCUUCCUGCUCCUCAAAAAUCCAUGUUUGAAUCCAGUGAAAAACACACAGUGUGAUAACGUCUUUCUCAAGACUCACAGUUUGAUGGUUCUGUUUCGAACUCUCGUUACAUCUUCACAUUUUCUCACGUCACACUUUUUGCUGUGUUUCUAUUGUUCAUUUCCGCAACCAAAGAUGUUGUGUCCACUCGUCUUUUAGCUCUCGGUCACAGACAAACUGCUCUCACCCGUAGACGAUCUGUUAUGUGUAGCUGGAUAAAUUGCCUUUUGGUCUUAUUCUGAUAGAUUCAGAAAGAGAAAGAUCACAAUAAGCGUGGUAACAUAACAACAAUAUUCCAUAUAUAAUAUGACUAUGGUUUAAGGUUUUGUGAGAAUGUUUUUGGCACUGCUUUAUCCGUCAUGUAGUGAAGUACACGUGUCGAAAUAUUUCAGCUGAUUUUUUAAAAGAACAACAAGAAAUGGUCUGCUUUUGACUACAUGUGUUGCUUAAACUGAGUUUCCCUUCAGCAUAUGUAAUGGCAUGUUUGAGUGGGUGUAAACAGACUCAUUAUGGACUUUAUUGGCCUCUGCAGACACCCACAAGGAGUACAGAGUCUUUAUGAUGGCGAGAGUUUUCAGACACGAGAGCUAAUUUUGUAAAUAGUCUUUUUCUUUCCUUCCACUUGCUCUUUACACCAACAUGUUUGUUUCUUCUUUUGUGUUUUUAUUUCUUUUUUUUUUAUGAUGUAUAACCUGUCCAGAUAACACAGUGACUAGCAAGUUUUCAGAUUCAGUGCACCAUGAAGGAAAAUGUCAUGGAUAUUGUUUAUAUGUUCAAAGAAAUGAUAUUCCAUGUAUUAGCCAUCACUUUUAAUACAAAAACAGGAUUUUGGAACUAUGAAAUGACCACUUGUUACAAUGCAGUGUUUUUAUUUAUUUAAAAAAAAAUUUACAAAGAGAUAAUAUUACAGGAAAUCAUGAUGCUCCAAAAAUUAUUAGCAUCAUGAAAAUUAUAGAACCUUAAAAAUAAACUUCGGUAUUUUUCAACCUUUUUGAAAGUGAUCCAGUAUCCUUGUGGGCAAUUGUAACCUGUCAAAGCACACUCGAUCAAAACUAGACUAAUUCCAAGAAAUUUUGUCCCCAAAAGUCACAUAGAUACAAAAACAUGGGGAAAUAUGGUCCAGCUGGAAAAAUACAGAAGUUGCUUUUAAGUUACAUUAAGUUACAUUUAAAUUGUAGGAACGAACACUAAUCAACGGUGUGCUCUAUACAGCACACAACAUUUGAAGAAAGAAAUCUCCUUGCACUUAUUAUUUUUUGUCCACACCAAUUUGAAAAUGCUCUUUUUUGUCCAUCCUAAUGUAGAUCAGAUGGCUUAUUUCAUAGCUUUAAAAUGUUUUGCUGCUAAAACAGGAUUUCCAAACAGGUGGUUAGAUGUUGCCCAGUCUGGAUUUUCAAAAUGUGCCCUUUUAUUUUAAUUUGGUAAUAUAGAUAUCAUACUUAUCUGUUUAAUUUUCAGUAACCUCAUGAUAUACAGAAAUUAGUUUGCGAUUAUAUACUGUUAGUUUGCUAAUGGCCGAUAAACAUAGUUGUGUUUUACAUUAAAACUCAUAAAUGAUGUCUUACGGUGACAUUUUUGAACGUGGAGUAGUAAAAACACACCUUGUUGCUCCACACUGUAUGAACUCAGUUUGUGUAAAUCCCAGACAUUUAGAAAAUUCACUGGGCUCAUCUCACUCCCUGCUUGUGAACAGUUUUCUUAUUUAUACAAGAACUCAUUUUGUACAGUUUUGUUAGAGGAAAGAGGUUUUGAUAUUUGGUUAUUUUGCAAAGCCACUUGGCUACUUUUGUCUUCCUGUGCCAGAGUUGCUAAAUUGUCUGUAACUUGUGUUUUUUUUAUUGAUUGAGAUAAGAUUUUUCUUCUUUCUUGGUUUUCUCUUUGAAUAUGUCAGUUUUUCUUUUUUUUUAAUAAAAGCCUUGUUUCAAUGA